AUGCUCUGCAAGUACUGUGACCGGAUCUUUCACUCCCCCACCUUGAGCGGCCCCCAUCAUUUCGAUGCUGCCUCCUUGACCGCGGCAGCCAGCAGCGGCUGCUAUAUCUGCCAGCCUAUGCUGCACGAUCGAUCCCAGCAUGGCGGCUCCCUUGACGGAAGCUGGAGCUAUCGCAUCUAUACCAACCAAGGCUACACCCAGGUGAUCCUCGACCACCAGAGGGAUGACCCACAGCUUCAAGAGAGCACCCCAUUCUGCUACACUCUGAUUGCCGUUCCCAGCGCCAUCAUCCCGUUCAAUUCCGCCCCUCGUCUUGGGAACCCUUCCAUUCGGCUGCGAGAUGCUAGCACGGCGGUGGAGAAUUGGAUGAAGACCUGCCAGAAUGAGCAUGCUUGUGCUCAGAACUUCCAACCAGAGUACUACCCGUCGCAGCUCUUGAACGCAUCGCGUGGUGGUAUCGUCCGCUUGAUCACUCCACUCGAGACAGGACACAAGAGACUGUACGCAGUUUUAAGUAUUGAUCUCCCCGCAACAGUGGAAGGAGAAUGGUAUUCCACUGCGGAAGCGUUGCGCACCACUGGCGUGCGCAUUCCUGAUCUUCCCGCAGCCAUUGGCGAGGUCGUCACUCUACUGCUUUCGGUCGGGAUCAACUACAUCUGGAUCGAGCAAUUGUGCCGUGGACCAGAGGACCAGCCUGACUAUAUCAACAAUGAGCACGAAAAGCUUCGUCUCUACUCCAAUGCUGUCCUCACCAUUGCGGUGUCCACACCCGAAGAUCUCGCCCAGAGUGUCUUCAGCCAUUCCCCAGCAACUUCGCACGUCAAGCUCCUCCCAUUCCAGGUCACCAAUGUGACUGGAGUUAUGAGCGAGGGUUUCAUGAGCAGCAACAUGAAUCAUGACGAUGACUCCUCAAGCUCGAACCUUACCAUCCUUCCCUGGACCUACCUCUCGCAAACCCUGCACCACCAGCACAACUCCUCCGUGACAAUCCAGACCCGCCUCGCCACUCCCCGCCUGCUGACAAUUUCCCCCUCCGCCGCAGAAGUGUUCUGGGAAUGCAGCUGCCUCAAACCUGCCAGCGAGACCCUUCCCGCCGGUAUUCUCCCUUAUCUCCCGUCUUCCCUUUUGGCAGGCGUGGAACGCUUCCCCAACCGCGACACCGCUCUCCCCGCUGAUGCGGACUGGUCCACCCUGCUGGAAUUCUGGUAUAGGGUUGUGGACGAGCACACUGCAACCCUUACAGGUGGGGUAGAGAGGAUGCACUCGGAGAAGAUAUUGGCGGGAGUGGAAUGGGUGGCGGAUGAGGUGGGGGAGCGGAUAAAAGCUAUACAGAUUUCUGAAAAUGAGGGAGAGGAGGCGAUUGCAAAACGGGAAGAGGCAGCCGUGUACCUGGCGGGACAUUUUUGGGGAUCGAUGCCUUUGUCGCUCGGUUGGAGGGUUGGUGGUUCAGACUUCGGUAAUAGUGGUCGGGCAAACAAAAGCGAUCGCGUGCCCAGUUGGAGUUGGGCGUCUGUUCAAGGAGGGAGGGUGUUUUCCCCGCUGGGCUUGAGUGUGAGGGAUGACCAGCGGUGCCUGGCUGAGAAGGUGGGGUAUCGUCGAGACUCACCAGCGGGAGCAAUCACCAUGCUCAGUUUGAGAACGUUUGUGCUUGACGCGCAGUUGAUCGGUGGUGGAGGGCACAGGGUCAAGGUGACGGGGUUGGAGGGUGAAAGGUAUUGGGUUGAAGUGGAGUGGGAUGGUGAGGAUGAAGAAGGACUAUCAUCUUUGCGAUUGGCAGUAUUGGUAGAGGAUGAGUGGCUCAGGCAAUGGAGUGGACUCGUGCUGAGGGAAGUUCCUGGUAAUGAUGGGAACUUCCGGAGGGUCGGAUGCUUUGUGCUGAACACGAUGCAGGGGGAGGAAGGUUGCAGGGAGGAGAAGUGGAAGACUGACAUUCGAAGGGCAGCGAGCGAUUGCAUGACAGUUGUGAAUCUGGUUUGA